CGGACCAUUAAGGGUUGCCGGGAGCCAUGUUGGUGUUGAAUGAAGGGAGGGUGAUGAGAUGCUGCGACCGGAGAGUCAGCCUGUGAGGGAAAGGAGCGCAGAGUAGAUGGUAGCUGCCGGGGCCAGGGGGCAGAAAGGAGGUGCGGAGGAGGGCCGGCCAGUGAGGGCUGCUCUGUAGCAGGAGACAAGGAAGGGAUACUAUGGCUGCUCUGCUGAAGGGAACCAGCCUGCCUUGUCUUCUCCUCCCGCUGCUUCUCAUCCUCCUCAUCCCUUUGUUCACUUCCAGCCGGGGAAAGCAUGCAGGGACCUGGGAGACAGCUGAGCACCGACCCCCUGUCCGACCUCUAGGCACAGACCUUGCCCACAACAGGGCUUCCAUUCAAGGGCUUGUGUGGGAGACCCACUGGCUCACUAUGGCUUGCUGUGGGGCCAGCUGGAAUGUCAGCCAAGAGGGGCUUUAUGGGGGCCCAUGGAAUUUAACCCUUUGUUUUCGAGGAAACACCACUGGACUCAAUGUCACGGGGACCCCUGAUGGAUUAAGGGGGUGCAGUUUUGCCAAGUGUCGACUCAGAGCGGCUGCUAGAAAGCAAGCCGGUGUAUUCUGCUGGACAAACUGCCAUGUGAAGCCUGGGGAUGAGCAGAACUCCUGCCUUUGCUUGCCAAAUGCCAUGUGUGUGCCUCCACCCUGUAUAGUAAGGACCAAGGGAAAGACGGACGAUUUAUAUGGACAGAACCCCAAUAUACAAGGGGUGGGUGGGACCGCAUGCCUCUGUUGUUGGAUUACAAAAUAUAAAGACCUUUCUAGCCAUUCCAGGGAGUACUGGGUAUUUCUGCUUUCCUCUGAACCCCGUUGCCUUAAGAAUUACAGCAAAGACAAUAUUGUACAUCACUGCCAGCCAAGAUUACAAUUCAGCUCAAGCAAUAGGAGAACAAACCAAUGGAAUUUAAUACGAUGCACAUUGAACCCCCAUCCAAAUGGUAACAGGUAUGUCCAUAAGAUACAAAGCAGAUGCCUUUCAAGCACGAACCUUGUCUUCCUCUUACACUGCUUUCCUACUAGUUUAACUUGGGAUGUAGAAUCUGGAAAGGAGGCAAAUCAAGAUGGAACCACUAAUGUGGCAGGACCUUUGGAUCUAGUUUAUUUAAUCCCUAUUAUUGGCAGGACUUGUCAGCAUCAGGUUGGGAAUUGCAGCCCCCCUGACUCUGCUGGUGGGACAGCUGUGUGUAAAUGUGCAAGAAGCCUGUGUCAUUGUGCAGCUGGCAAGGGGGGGCUCCGCUCUGCCUGGGGUAGGAAUUUCAUUUGGGACUGUCUGCUCCUCUCCGUCUAUUCAGAUUCUCAGAAGGACACCAGGGAUUCCCUGCAAGGGGUAAGGCAGCGUGUGAAACGAUGUCAGAAAGCAUACUGCAGCUCAUCUCUGGGUAAAUUAAAUCAUAUUAGCCUUGAUCUAUGUAGAAUUCGUAUGAAUGACUGUAUAAAGCCAAGGACCCAUAAGAAUGCCCACAAUAAAUCCCUGUGUGUAUCUUUGUGGAUUGCAGGCAAAGCUCGGUCGAGUUUUAGUGAAUAUACGUCUAUAGCUAAAUGCUUGGAGAAUCUGUGCCAUUGCUUACACAGUGAUACUGCUGACCGGGGCUCUAACCAUACCAAGGUCUCUAACCUCACCUGGGAUAUGUAUGUGCAGACCUGUGCUGAUCGGGGGUUUGAGCUAGUGAUCGAGGGCAGCACGUGGGCAGAGGAGAUUUCAGCACCAGCCCAGCGAACAGCUCCAACUGCACAGCCGGCUGCUGAGCUUGCUCCACCUGCCUUUCCUCCAGGGGCUCAGCCUAAGCCGUAUGAAAAGGAACCCUGCUCUCUUUACUUCCCAUUUAACUCGUCCAAAGCUUGCUUAAAAACUACUUUUCCCAGAAAGCAUCUUGAGAAGCAUUCAAAUAUUGAUCUGACUUCGCUUCUUCAAUUACAGUCCAGCACAGCCAUGCAGCCGGAUCAAUUUCACCCCCCACUUAGAACCCAUCCACAGGGUAUCAAGCACAGGAGCAGUGGGAGGGACAGAGAAAGGGCAUCCCUGCCAUUAAUAAGGAGUCGUAGGGCAGCCAACCGCCACCCUCACUUCCCCCAGUAUAAUUAUCAGGUUCAGGUGGCUGAAAAUCAGCCUCCUGGGACUCCUGUCAUAACCAUGUCAGCACAAGACCCAGACACAGGAGAGGCUGGAAGACUUUUCUAUACCAUGGAUGCUCUGAUGAACAGUAAGUCUUUGGAGCUGUUCAAUAUAGAUUCAGUGACAGGCUUAAUCUCAACCAUAGAAAUUCUAGACAGGGAACGCAUGGAUUUGCAUUAUUUUAGAGUUAGUGUCAUAGAUCAUGGCACUCCACGCCUCUCAGCAACUACCAUGGUUGCCAUUACAGUCUCCGACAGGAAUGACCAUAGCCCACUAUUUGAGCAGGCAGAAUACAGGGAGAGCAUUAGAGAGAAUGUGGAGGAGGGAUACCCAAUAUUGCAGCUGAGAGCCACAGAUCUGGAUUCCCAAGCCAAUGCCAACAUCAAAUAUCGUUUUGUAAACGAACAAGCAGCCCACUCUGUAUUUGAAAUAGACGCAAGGUCUGGUUUGAUUACCACCAGCGGGCAAGUGGACAGGGAGAAAAGGGAGAAGUAUUCCCUAAUUGUUGAGGCCAGUGACCAAGGUAAGGACCCCGGCCCAAGAUCCUCUACUGUAAAAGUUGAUAUUACUAUUUUGGACGAAAAUGACAAUGUACCGCAAUUUAGUGAGAAGCGGUACAUCGUUCAAGUGAGGGAAGAUGUUAAAACUCACACUGAGAUCUUAAGGGUUACAGCAACUGACAUCGAUAAGGACAGCAAUGCUUUAGUCCACUAUAACAUUAUAAGUGGUAACAGCAGAGGGCAGUUCUCCAUUGAUAGUGUUACUGGGGAGGUACAGGUGGUAGCACCCCUGGACUUUGAGACAGAGAGGGAGUACACACUUAGAGUUCGUGCCCAAGAUGCAGGCCGGCCUCCUUUGUCCAACAACACAGGCAGCAUAAGUAUUCAAGUUAUGGACAUUAACGACCAUGCCCCUAUGUUUGUCAGUACGCCCUUUCAAGUGUCUGUGUUGGAAAAUGCACCGUUGGGCCACUCUAUCAUACAUAUCCAAGCCAUAGAUGCAGACUAUGGAGAAAAUGCCCGUCUGGAAUACAAGUUAACAGGUGUGAAGCCUGAAACACCCUUUGUAAUAAACAGUGCCACUGGCUGGAUCAGUGUGAGUGGGCCUUUGGACAGGGAAAUAGUAGAACAGUACGUAUUCGGAGUAGAAGCUAGGGAUCAUGGGAAUCCUUCUUUAUCAGCCUCAGCUGGUGUUACCAUCACAAUUAUGGAUGUGAAUGAUAAUCGUCCUGAGUUCACUCAAAGGGAGUAUUUUAUUCGUCUGAAUGAAGAUGCUGCUGUAGGCACCAGUGUGCUUAGUAUGACUGCUAUUGACAGAGAUGUAAACAGUGCUAUUACAUACCAAAUUACUGGGGGCAAUACCCGCAACCGAUUUGCCAUCAGUACACAGGGGGGUUCAGGGCUUAUCACUCUCUCUUUGCCUCUGGACUACAAGCAGGAAAGGCGCUAUGUGCUCACGGUCACUGCCUCCGACCGCAUUCUUCACGACAACUGCUACGUUCACAUCAACAUCACUGAUGCAAACACCCACAGACCAGUUUUCCUAAGUGGCCAUUACCCAGUUGACAUCAACGAGGACCGUCCUAUUGGAAGCACAGUGGCUAUUAUCAGUGCAACCGAUGAGGAUGUAGGGGAGAAUGCCAGAAUUACCUAUUCCUUAGAAGACAAUAUUCCUCAGUUCCAUAUAGACCCAGACACGGGGGCGAUCACAUUGCAAGCGAUGCUAGAUUACGAGGAUCAGGUGACCUACACACUUGCCGUAAUCGCAAAGGACAAUGGAAUCCCUCAGAAAUCCGAUACAACCUAUGUGGAAAUUAUGGUAAAUGAUGUGAAUGAUAACGCCCCCCUGUUUGUCAACACGCAAUAUCAUGGCAUAGUCUCAGAGGAUGCCCCUCCCUUUACCAGCGUUGUCCAAAUUUCUGCCACAGACCGUGAUUCCAAUUCCAACGGAAGGGUUCAAUACACUUUUCAGAACGGAGAUGAUGGAGAUGGGGAUUUCACUGUUGAGCCAACCUCUGGGAUUAUCCGCACUGUCCGCAAGUUGGACAGGGAAAGUGUUCCUUUCUAUGAGUUGACAGCUUAUGCGGUUGACAGGGGGAUACCUCCUCUGAGAAGCCCAGUCCGAAUCCAAGUUGCUGUCCAGGAUGUUAAUGACAAUGCGCCUGUGUUCCCAGCAGAUGAAUUUGAAGUUUAUGUUAAGGAAAACAGCAUUGUGGGUUCAGUGGUCGGCAAAAUCAAAGCCACGGAUCCCGACGAAGGUCCCAAUGCACAAAUAAUGUAUCAGAUUGUUGAAGGCAACAUUCCUGAGAUAUUCCAAAUGGAUUUUUUCUCUGGAGAGCUCACCGCCCUCAUAGAUUUGGAUUACGAAGCAAAAUCUGAGUACGUCAUUGUAGUGCAGGCAACGUCAGCUCCCCUUGUUAGCCGGGCAACGGUCCGUAUUAAGCUGAUCGAUCAAAAUGACAACAGCCCAGUCUUAAAAAAUUUCCAGAUCCUGUUCAAUAAUUAUGUAUCCAACAGUUCCAACACUUUCCCAUCCGGUGUCAUUGGAAAGAUACCAGCCUAUGACCCCGACGUAUCAGACAGAUUACUGUACACUUUUGAGCGUGGGAAUGAACUCAGUUUAUUAAUCGUGAACCAUUCUAGUGGAGAGCUACGGCUGAGUAGGAAGCUGGACAACAACCGCCCAUUGGUGGCAUCCAUGCUGGUUACGGUGACAGAUGGAAUACACAGCGUAACAGCCCAGUGUGUCCUGCGUGUCUUGAUCAUAACCGAGGACAUGUUGUCGAACAGCAUCACUGUACGCCUGGAGAACAUGUCCCAAGAACGUUUCCUGUCCCCCUUGUUGACUAGUUUCUUGGAAGGAGUUUCUACAGUGUUGGCCACGCCAAAGGAAGACAUCUUCAUCUUCAACAUUCAGAAUGACACGGAUGUAGCUGGCUCUGUACUGAAUGUCAGCUUUUCAGCCCUGGCCCCCCAUGGUGACCGCUCUCAGUUCCUCAGCUCAGAGGACCUUCAGGAACAGCUGUACAUGAAGAGGAUGACGUUGACCUCUGCCUCCAUGUUGGAAGUUCUUCCUUUUGAUGACAAUGUUUGCCUGAGGGAGCCCUGUGAGAAUUACAUGAAAUGUAUCUCUGUGCUCAAAUUUGAUAGCUCUGCCCCUUUCAUCGCUUCAGAGUCAAUUAUGUUUCGUCCAAUUCACCCUAUUACUGGUUUACGUUGCCGCUGCCCACAGGGUUUCACUGGGGAUUACUGCGAGAUAGAGAUCAACCUUUGCUAUUCCAACCCCUGCCAGAAUGGUGGAGUCUGCGCCAGGAGAGAAGGUGGCUACACAUGUAUUUGCCAUGAACGUUUUACAGGUGACAACUGUGAAGUGGACAGUGGCUCAGGACGUUGUGUCCCUGGUGUGUGCAGAAAUGGAGGGACCUGUGUCAGCUUAGCAGAAGGGGGCUUUACAUGUCAGUGUCCAUCUGGAGGCUUUGAGAAACCAUUUUGUGAGCUGUCGACGCGCUCCUUUCCACCAAAAUCCUUUGUUAUGUUCCGAGGACUGCGGCAGAGGUUUCACAUGAGUCUUUCCCUCUCCUUCGCCACCAAGGAGAGGAACGGCCUCCUGUUCUACAAUGGGCGACUGAAUGAGAAACACGACUUCAUCGCGGUGGAGAUUAAUGACGGACAGGUGCAGCUGAAAUAUUCCACAGGUGAAUCCAGCACCCUGGUGACUCCAUAUGUAUCUGGAGGGGUCAGCGAUGGAAGAUGGCACACUGUGUUACUUCGGUACUACAAUAAGCCCAAGACGGAAUCCAUGGGGGUGGCUCAGGGACCCUCCAGAGAGAAGAUUGCUGUCCUGGCAGUUGACGAUUGUGACAUUUCUGUAGCUUUAAAGUUUGGCAAUGAGAUUGGGAACUAUUCAUGUGCAGCAGAAGGAGUGCAGUCCAGCUCCAAAAAAUCUCUGGACCUCACCGGACCCUUGCUCUUAGGGGGUGUGCCCAAUCUUCCCGAGAAUUUCCCUGUAGCGCACAGGGAAUUUAUAGGGUGCAUGAGGGAUCUCUACGUUGACCACAAAAAGAUUGACUUUGCGUCUUACAUUGCAAACAAUGGCACAUCUGCAGGUUGCCAUGGAAAACAUACCUUUUGUGACUCCAACCCGUGUAAGAAUGGAGGCACCUGCUCUGCGACAUGGGGCUCCUUCAAUUGUGACUGCCCUUUGGGAUUUGGGGGCAAAGACUGCAGGAUAGCACUGCAACAUGCAAACCAGUUCAAUGGAAGCAGCCUCCUGUACUGGGAUUUUAAGAACGACGUGAAAAUCUCCGUUCCUUGGUUUCUUGGAUUGGUAUUUAGAACCCAUAGGGCAGAUGGGUUGUUGCUGCAGGCGCAUGCUGGUCAAUACACCACUAUUCUGUGUCAGCUUGUUUCUGGCCUGAUUUCAUUCUCUGUCAGCCGUGGCUCCAGUCGAACCUCCGCCCUUCUCUUGGAUCAGAUGUUAGUGAAUGAUGGGAAAUGGCAUGACCUUCAAAUGGAGCUACGAGAUGUGCGCAGUGGGCGUGAAACUCGUUAUGUUAUCAGCAUCAACCUUGACUAUGGGCUCUAUCAGGACACUGUAACAGUUGGCAGCGAGUUGCAUGGCCUUAGGGUCAAGCACCUGUACAUUGGAGGAGUUUCUGGAACCCGAGAGGUGCAAAAUGGCUUUGAAGGCUGCAUACAGGGGGUGCGCCUAGGAGAGACACCAAGUGGAAUAACCUUGCCUAAGCCAAACAGUGCCUUAAAUGUUAAACCUGGCUGUAGUACCCCCAACUUGUGUGAUUCCAACCCAUGCUCUGGAAACAGCUCUUGUGUGAAUGAGUGGAUGAGCUACUCCUGUAUCUGUCACCCAGGAUACUAUGGAGGGCACUGCGUUGAUGUCUGCCAGCUAAAUCCUUGUGAGAACAGAGGCAUAUGUCGUCACCAGGCCAGUGCCCCAAUGGGCUACACUUGCGAGUGCAGCAAGAAUCAUAUCGGCCGCUACUGCGAGCACAGGCUGGACCAGCAAUGUCCGAAGGGAUGGUGGGGGAAUGCAACCUGCGGCCCAUGUCACUGUGAUGUGAAUAAAGGGUUUGACCCAGACUGCAACAAGACAAAUGGGCAGUGUAACUGUAAGGAAUUUCAUUACCGCCCCGAAGGCAGCGAUACAUGUUUGCCUUGUGAUUGUUAUCCCAUUGGCUCUUCAUCGAGGGCAUGUGAUCAGGAAAGUGGGCAGUGCUACUGCAGACCUGGCGUGAUUGGACGUGAGUGCAACAGCUGUGAUAGCCCCUUUGCUCAGGUCUCACCAACCGGCUGUGAAGUGAUUUAUGAUGGUUGCCCCAAAACAUUAACAGUCGGUGUGUGGUGGCCCAGGACCAAGUUUGGCCUUCCAGCUGCCGUACCAUGCCCGAAAGGAUCAUGGGGUCUGAGAGGUAAAGGGGCCGCCAUCCGACACUGCGAUGAUGUCAAAGGUUGGCUGGAGCCAGAUCUGUUUAACUGCACCUCUCCAGCAUUCGUGGAACUCUCACCUAUGCUGGACAGCUUGGAGAGGAAUGAGACUGAACUGAAUACAAUAGAAGCCAAAAAGCUUGCCUUGCGUCUGCAUUCAGUGACAGACAAGAUGGAUCAGUACUUUGGCAAUGACGUCCACAUCACGUUCCGCCUGCUGUCCUAUCUCAUGCAGUAUGAGAAUAAGCAAGAGGGGUUCGGGUUAACAGCCACCCAAGAUGCACAGUUUACUGAGAACCUGCUGAAGACUGGAAGUUCCAUUCUGACUCUGGGCAACAGGGAGCACUGGGAGGCUCUGCUGCACAAUGAACAUGGCAGCGCUGGGCUUAUGAACCUGCUUUGGGAAUACAGCAGCACUCUGGCUAGGAACAUGAAGCUCACCUACCUGAAUCCCGUUGGCCUGGUGACCCCUAACAUCAUGCUUAAUAUUGAAAGAGUGGAAAAUCAAAACUCUGCCAGGAGACAGUUCCCCAGAUACCACAGUCACCUUUUUCGGGGCCAAACUUUCUGGGAUCCCCAUACUCAUGUAGUGCUGCCGGAGUCAGUCCUUGUGCCACCUAAGCUGAAAGCACAACCUACUACAGUGCCAACACCAACCACCGCUGAGAUGAAUGUCACAGCUAAGGUAACCGUGCCCAAAAAAAUUGCCCAAGAACCAGCUCCCACCAUUGUUAUCCUGAUAAUCUACCGAACAUUGGGAGAGCUUCUUCCUGCUCGUUACAACACAGAGAGACGGAGUCUUAGGCUGCCCAAGAAUCCAGUGAUGAAUUCGCCCAUUGUCAGUGUGUCUGUUCUGCGCAAUCAGUCCUUAAUUCUGGGAGCUCUGGAAACCCCCGUCAUAUUGGAGUUCCGCCUGCUGGAAACAGUGAAUCGGAGCAAACCGGUCUGUGUGCAAUGGAACCAGUCUGAACAGGUAGAUCCACUUGGCAGUUGGACAGCUAAAGACUGUGACCUUGUGUACAGAAAUACCACACACGUACGAUGUCAUUGUCCUCAGUUUGGUACUUAUGGCGUCCUGAUGGAUGGGUCCCACCGAGAGCAACUGGAGGGAGACCUGGAGACCUUGGCCAUUGUCUCCUACACAUCACUGUCCAUCUCGUUGGCGGCUCUUCUGGCCACCUUCUCCAUCCUCACCUUUCUGAAAGGGCUGAAAUCAAACACCCGUGGAAUUCACUCCAAUAUUGCUGUAGCCCUCUUUUUUUCUGAGCUUGUCUUUUUAUUGGGAAUCAACCGCACAGAGAGUGAGUUUCUUUGCACUGUGAUAGCCAUCCUGCUGCACUAUUUCUUCCUCUCAACAUUUGCCUGGCUGUUUGUGGAAGGCCUCCAUAUUUACCGCAUGCAGACAGAGGUCAGGAACGUCAACUUUGGUCCCAUGAGGUUCUACUUUGCCAUUGGCUGGGGUGUUCCAGCCAUUGUCACUGGUCUGGCAGUAGGGUUGGAUCCAGAAGGCUUUGGAAAUCCAGAUUUCUGUUGGAUAUCGAGCUACGAUAAACUAGUAUGGAGUUUUGCUGGCCCCAUUGCGAUUGUUAUUGUGCUAAAUGGAGUUAUGUUCCUCAUGGUGGCCAAGAUGUUGUACUCCCCGGGACAAAAGGAAACCAAGAAGAAUACAGUUCUCAUGACUAUCCGCAGCUCCUUCAUUCUCCUCCUGUUUAUCAGCAUUACUUGGUUAUUCGGGCUUUUGGCUGUGAAUAACAGUGUCCUGGCCUUUCACUACCUCUAUGUUAUCCUCUGCUGCUGGCAGGGUCUGGCUGUGCUGGUUCUGUUCUGUAUGCUGAACGAAGAGGUCCAAGAAGCUUGGAAAGUGGUCUGUCUUGGCAAAAAAGGUCAAGGAGAAGAAAUAUCCAGGCAGGCUCAGGGUCCAAAUGCAUAUAACAACACCGCCCUGUUUGAAGAGAGUGGUCUCAUCCGAAUUACAUUAGGAGCUUCCACUGUGUCCUCCGUGAGCAGCGUACGGUCAGCCCGGACCCACUCCAGUCACAGACCCUACCUGAGGGAUAAUAAAGCCCCUCGCCAGGGUUCAGCUGCAGCUCAGAGUGUGCGGAGCCAACAUUCGGGCCCUACAGACCUAGAUGUGGCCAUGUUCCACCGAGAUGCUGGAGGUCAGGAUUCUGACUCGGACAGUGACUCUCUGGAUGAGGAGCGCAGUCUAUCCAUCCCUUCAUCAGAGAGUGAAGAAAAUUUCCGCCCGCGUGGCCGAUUCCAUCGCCAGUUCAAAAAGGCAGCACACAGUGAAAGGCUUCUUACCCACCCAACCAACCACAACCCUAAAGAUGUGGAUGGUAAUGAUCUCAUGUCUUACUGGCCAGCCCUGGGGGAUUCGGAGGUUCACCCCAAUUCACUGCAGAAAUGGGGAUCAGAGAGGAAACUUGGGCUUGACCAGAACAAAGAUGCUGCCAAUAACAACCAGGCGGAUCUGACCAGCGGGGAUGAGAACUCACUGACACAUUCCCACAGACAUAGGAAAGGUAUUUUGAAAAACCGACUUCAGUACCCACCAGGUUUGGCAUCUGUUGGAAGAAUGACCAAUGAAUUAUCGUGGUAUAAAACUUCCACCUUGGGCCACAGGGCGGUUCCAGCAGCUUCUUAUGGCAGAAUGUAUUCUGGAACUGGAAGUUUGUCGCAACCAGCCAGUAGAUACUCUUCCCGAGAACAGCUUGAUAUGUUAAUGCGAAAGCAGAUGUCCAGAGAACAGCUGAGUCAAAAUAAUUCAAGAGAACUGCUUGAAGCUGUGCCCAGCAGGCAUGGAUCCAGGGAACAGCUGGACACUAUACCAAGCAGGCAUGGUUCCAGACAGCAUUUAGAUAUAAUUUCUAGCAGGCAUGGGUCUAGAGAACAUUUAGAAAGUAUACCAAGCAGACAUGGAUCUAGAGAACAACUAGAACAGUCAGAUAUCAUAAAUGAUAGGAUGGAUCAUGCGAAUUCCAUGCCUAAAAGACAUUGCUCUAGAGAGCAUCUAGAGACGUUACACAGCGGAUAUGGAUCAAAAGAACAACUUGAUCAAGGACCAGUAAGGGAAUGGGUAAAUACUUUGCCAAAUCAGCAAAUAUCUAGAGAGCAAAUGGACUCUUUACUCAAUAGACAGGCAUCUAGAGAACAGUUAGAUGUUCUGUCUAGAAGACAACCAUCAAGGGACCAAUUGGCAUUAACUCGUCAACCUUCAAGGGAACAAUUGGACUUUAUAUCCAGAAGGUCUAAUUCCAGGGAACAAUUGAAUACAGUGCCUAGUACACAUCAAUUAAGGGAUAAUAUAGACCCUCUUUCUAGAAGGCAACCAUCAAGAGAAAACUUAGAGUCCCUCUCCAGAAGGCUCCCUUCGAGGGAUAAUCUUGAACCUCUUUGUAGGAGGCAACCUUCAAGAGAAAUUCUAGAAACGGUUCCCAGUCGUCACCCUUCCACCGAGCAGCUAGAUAUUCUUUCAUCAAUUCUUGCUUCAUUUAAUACAUCUGUUCUUUCAUCCACUACUAAUUCAACCCAGCAAACAGUGACUCCUCCAGUGCAGAAUUCCUCAGCUCCCUCUGUGCUAUGCUCAUCCACACCUCAUUCUGCAACAUCGCAAAGUAUCUCGGAGAUGUCAGCAGAUGCUGAGUUAGUGAGGAAUGAUGCUCAUUCCUGAAAAACUCACUUGGGUCAAAAAGAAAGGAAGACACGGUGGUCAACUGCGCAUGUCAGCGUGCCACAAAGUAUUGGCAAACAGAUGUCUGCAGUCCACUGGCCAGUUGCCACAAAAGGUGACCAAGCAGUUGAAGAAGAUCAAGAACCUCAGGUAUUUCCUUAUAGCAACAACACAUGAAAGUGGCAGGAGAACACACAGUCUUCAUACAGAGGUGCGAGACGGGCAGAGGGAACCGGCUACGGUGGAUCUAACAGCACUGUGUCUACCAAUCAAAGGACAACGUUGCUGUGAAACAUUCCUUUUCAAAAGACUGUCGUCAGGGGGAGUGAGGGCAGAAUAAACUGAGUAGACUUUUUUUUAUACAUUUUGUACGUUUGUAACCAGAGCUAAAAGAAAAAUUUCUAUCCUUAUUUUUACGGAUUUUAUUGUCGUUGUCAUUCCAAUGCAGAUGCUGUUCUUUCUGGGGUUAUUUCAAGUGAAAUCUUAUGAAAUCUGGUGAUGCUUGGAUUGCAAGGUUAUGGGGGGCAGGUCUGUUCUCACAUCUGGAUUUAAAGGGGGGUUCACAUGAACUCAAGUGACGUAGAUAUUCUGAUAAUUUGCAAUUGGUCUUCAGUUUUUUUGAUCAAACUGAAAAUCCACAGAGCAUCCUCAAUUGCAAAAUAGUUUUAGCAUACUAAAAAGUAAACAUCCUCUUUAAGCACAGAUUGCUAAUGGGGGGUGUAGCGAGUGGUGGUAAAAGAGUUACACUUGUAGAUGAGUAAUUUUGGCUGGUGCUUUAAAACAUUGAACUGUACAUCUGACUUUAGCUGCUCACUGUCAUAGGAAGCAGUGAUAAUCUGUAAACAUCAUGGCAGGCAGGUGCAGGCAGGCAGUCUAGUUGUAGACUAACAUCUGAAUGGCUUCCACUUACCCAUCACAUCUACACUAGUUUUUCUGGCUUGAGUAAAACAUCAGCCCAGGUAUCAAUGCAUAUAAAUAUAGGGUUGGCAACCUUCUGAGCAUCAGGGGAAGUAGGUUUGCUAAUGAUACGUCAAAUACAUUAUUUUUUGGUGGAGAUUUUAUACUUGACCUGCUUCCAAAGGCAGUGUGUGGAAACUGCAGAAUUCUCCAUAUUGCCCUCUGUGAUGGACAUCUUACCUCAUAUAGUGGCCAAAUGAAUUCAAACUCCUACAGCCCACAUUUGUUUCUCAAACUACCCUGUCCUCCGUAUGGACUGUAAAAUUUUACAUGGAAAUAGUGAACCUUUGACAGUUUCUUCACAUACACAUACUCAACACUUUAUCCUCCUCUUUUCCUCAUUCUGUUGUAACAGUGACUCCUCCUUCUCCAGUGCCUACCAUUUGUACUGUUCUCCUAUAGCUACAGAAAUGAGUGCUCCCCAUUCAUGUCCAACAUUACAACCACCUUAUUUGUUUCAAAUAUUGUACUUGCUGCUUUUGAUGUUUUGAUAUUGCCAAGAUGAAGAUGCAAACAGCUGCUCCUUCAAUGUAACCAUCAAUGUACUGGAAUAUUUUGUCAGCAGAAUAUUACAAAAACCUGGUAAAGUCUUAAAAGUGGAUAGUACUCACGGCGAUUUGAUGACUGUAGGCCUCUCUAGAUGAACCAUGGUGAUCACAAAUGCCUUACUUAAAACUGUAGGGCUUGGGAAAUUCACAGAUUUAAACCUUGGCUGACACCACCUUCUUCUAUUUCUCUACAUGCUGAACAAGUGGACAAUAAAGUUGUUUUGUCCCUAAACAGCCCAUGAACUGAAGGCCACCUAUACUUGAUCCAAGUGAUCCAUUGCAUUGACCAAAAUAUAUCCCAAACGUCUGCAAGUGACCUGAAACAAAGGGCAGAUUUAUCCAAAUUCAAGUUUUUACUGCACUUUGAGGUUUCUGCUGAAGAAAAAAAUGCAAAUUCCAGUUUCCAAAACAUGACGUAUAUUAAAUGCAAAAAAAAUUGGGCACGCAAAGCUGGCGAGUUUAUGUAAAAGUCAAUGAGAUGUAUUUUUCAUUUCAAAUUUUCGAGAUUUUACACUUAGCAGUCUUCAUUGAUGAUGGUCGGUAAAUUCUGUGUCAUUCGGGCUGAUUUUUCCUGGUUUUAUGUUAAUUUGAAUAAGAAAAUUAACAAAAUGGGAUGUAAAUGGCCAGUCAAAAAAAGGCAAUAGAUAACGGGAAUCAGCCCCCAGUACCACAGGCACAUUCACCAACAAUAGAAAAAGUAUCCCGUUGUAAAUUCUUCCAUUAAAAUGGUUCUUUUAUUCCAAAUUCAUAUCAAAAUAGUAAUAGGCAUACAGACCCCCACAGUAUUCUGCCUUACGCGUUUUAGACCCUCUGGUACUAAGUCAUAGACUGCCUAUGACUAAUAUGAAUUUGGAAUAAAAGAAAAAUUUUAAUGGAAGAAUUAGUUACGGGGUAUAUUUGUUGGUUGAGUUAAUUUGAGAUUUUUCAUAAAUAGGUCUAUAUUCAAGUUUUUUAAAAUUAGAACUAAAUGUAAUUUUGAUAAAUCUGCCUCUAGAAAUAAAUCUUUCUUUAGGGUCAACUAUGUGCGUUUGUGAUCUCUUUUGAAACAUGAAAAUUUUGACCUGAAAAUCCAGAUUUUACUAAAAAAAAACAUGAUCUGAAUAACAUUUACUAAUGCAGUUAGAGAAAUGGUGCGAUAUGUCAGUGUGUGUGUUUGUAUGAAUAUCAAUGCGCACGCAAACAUAUGGCGGUGUGUGCGUGUGUUCGGUUCUUGACUCUUAACUGUUAUCCGCGGAAACAGAGGGAAUGGACGAAACAUGUUUACAUUAUUUUUUCAGGAUGUAUAAAAAGAAACUGGAAAGUCUAUUUGUUAUGCAUAUUUAUACGACUGCCUAUUUAUUUUCAUUUUGUGGUUCAUUUAUAAGCGACUUUCUCUUUUCGUGUUUUGAUAAAUAUUCAAACUGUUUCUCACCAAAAAAAGUCGUGUUUUUUUUUAUUUUUGUAAAUUAUUAAAGGGAAAUAGAAUAUCUUUUCUUUUUACACUUUUUUUCCAUUACAGUGAACACAUUUUUUUAUUUUUUAUAUUUUGAUAUGACUCUGUAUAUUAGAACAAAUCAGAAAACAAUAACGUGUUACAUGAGCUGCACUCUCCACUUUUCCAUGUAUCACAGUACAGUGACAUAGAAGCCUGAAUGUGGGGAUCUUUUAAAGGCAACACAGUUCAAUUCUUUGGGAAAACAGUGUUAAAUUGUGUGUGUUUUGUUUUGAUGACAGCUACUAAUUAUAAUAUAUGAGCAGCUUUUGCGCACCCUUUAUUUAAGGUUUUUUUUUAUUGUUUUUAUUCAAUUAUAACCAAAAUAGAGAAUUCUUAAUUUAUUAUUGUCCAUAACUUUUCAUAUACAUAUGGUAUUAUAAGAAAAAAACACU